AUGACCAAACGAGCAAGACCGCCCAACAAUAAUGUCAAGACGGAGACCACGACGCAUUCUCCCAAACCAACAGUGCCUCCUCCAUCACAGACGGACAACCGACCCAAAUCCUUCGUCUCGAUAUUGACUGACGCAAAAGUGCGAAGGGCUCUACAGCUUGUCCUGCUUGCGGCCGUCUCUGCGCCCAUCUCCCAAUUAAACCUAUCGCCUGUGUAUGGAGAUAUACCAGCAGCUCUGUACCAUCAAUAUGGCCUCGCUGCCUCCUUCAUGCUCGCAUUUGCCCUUCGGGGCUACCUCCCCGUCUGGGUAUCACGAGCCAUCACCCCUUUCUGCUUCUGGAUCCCUAGCAUCCAAUUCUUUCUCUUCCGAUCCAGUUCGACUCUCGGUAACCCACUGGGUCCUCUGGUCACGGAGCUCCUGACUUGCUAUCCUCUUGUGCUGUUGUCCACCUACUUUGCGAUUCAAUACUUCGACGAGACCUUCAGCUCUAGCCACUCGGAUUCCUCGUUAGGAGAGGCUGCGCCAUCAAUGGGGUUGUUCAUGCUCUUUUCCGUCCUCCAUCGAGCUUGUAGGGGCGUUGUCUCGUCACUUCUCGGGCACGGCUUCCUCACUUCACGCAUUGGAAUGCAGCUGGUAGUUGCUUCGCUAUAUGGGAUGGUUCUACAGAACAGCAUCUUGUGGCCCUCACUUCCAGCAGUCGCUUUUACUAUGGUGGCAAAUCCCCACUGCACACUUUCACGAACUACAGAGGUGCUCAACAACACCUUGGCUCUGUACAACUAUACUUUACUGGAACGAAAAGAGUCGAUUACAGGCUACAUCUCGGUGUUGGAAGACAACCAGCGAGGUUUUCGCGUGAUGAGGUGCGACCAUAGUCUUCUAGGCGGAGAGUGGAAGAUGCCCCCCCCCAAAAGAGUCCAGAGGAAGGUUGCGGAACCGAUCUAUUCCAUCUUUGUGAUGCUUGAAGCAGUACGUCUUGUUGAGGGCGCCUCUCCUAGCCCAUAUAAGACUGCCUUGAACAUCGGGCUAGGAAUCGGAACUGCGCCAUCUGCCCUGAUCCACCAUGGAGUGAACACAACGGUCAUGGAACUUGAUCCGGUCGUUCAUGAAUUCGCGAUCAAGUACUUCAACUUUCCCCAUAACCAUAGCUAUUAUAUUGGUGACGCCAUCCACGCGGUCACCACUGCGAACUCGACCGAGGCAGACUCUUACGACUACAUUAUCCACGACGUCUUCACUGGGGGAGCAGAGCCAGUGGAGCUCUUUACCAUGGAAUUCCUCUGGGGGCUGCAUAUGCUUUUGAAACCAGAUGGAGUAAUAGCCAUCAACUACGCAGGGGAUCUCGCCAUGCCUGCAUCCUCUCUUAUUUAUAGGACGAUUAUAUCAGUAUACCCUUCCUGCCGUGUUUUCCGAGAAGACGAAGCACCCACGCCUGGAACCAAACCAGCCGAUUUCACCAACAUGGUAUUCUUCUGCAGGAAAAGGAAAGGAGCGAUUACAUUUCGAAGACCUGUUGCAGAAGAUUUUCUGGGAAGUGGUGCUCGGCAAGAGUUUUUGAUACCAAAGCAUGAAAUCGACCCGAGUGAGUUUGAUACUGAAGGCGCCGUUCUCAGAAGCGGACAGACGAAAGAACUCGAGAAAUGGCAGGCACAAAGCGCGUUGGGCCACUGGACGGUCAUGAGGACAGUGCUGCCAGACGUCAUCUGGGAGAAUUGGUAA